UCAUGUCAGAGCUGAGCGGCAAGGUCCAGACCGUCCUGGGUCCAGUUGACCCAGACCAACUAGGCCGCACUAUGACCCAUGAGCACUUGACAAUGACCUUCGAGUGCUGCUACUUCCCGCCGCCGCCAGGUGAUGAGGCGGUGGCAGAGAACCCCUUCCAGAUGAAGCAUAUGUUCUGGUUAAGGCAGAACCCGUACUGCAGCCACGAGAACCUGCUCCUGCAGCAGGAAACCAACGCAGUGCGAGAGGAGCUGCUGGCCUACAAGAAGGCCGGCGGGGGCACCAUCGUAGAGAAUACCACCACUGGCAUCGACCGUGACCUGCCCACUCUCAGGCAGCUGGCCAAGGACACUGGGGUCCAUAUCAUCGGAGGGGCAGGUUACUAUGUGGACUGCACCCACACAGAGGCCACCAAAAAAAUGACUGUGGAGAAGCUCACUGACAUCAUUGUCAGCGAGGUGCUUCAUGGAGCAGACGGCACUGACAUCCGUUGCGGUGUGAUUGGAGAGAUUGGCACAAGCUGGCCAAUCACAGAGAGCGAGAGGAAGGUCCUGAGGGCCACGGCUCACGCUCAGGCCCAGCUGGGUUGCCCAGUCAUCAUCCAUCCUGGUCGGAAUUCCGCUGCUCCCGCUGAGAUUGUCCGCAUUCUCCAGGAGGCCGGCGGUGACAUCAGCAAAACUGUUAUGUCACACCUGGACAGGACCAUAUUUGAUGAUGGGGAGCUACUUGAGUAUGCAAAGCUGGGGAGUUACUUGGAGUAUGACCUGUUUGGAACAGAGAUGCUGAACUACCCCUAUAACCUGAAGGUGGACAUGCCAAGUGACAGCCAGAGAGUCAAGACCUUGGCAUUGCUAGUGAGGGAAGGCUACGAAGACAGGAUUGUGAUUGCACAUGAUAUCCAUACCAAGAACCGCCUGACUAAGUAUGGAGGCCAUGGCUACUCUUACAUCCUGAAGAACAUCGCCCCGAAGAUGCUGACCAGGGGCAUCUCCCAGAGCCAGGUGGACAAGAUUCUCAUCGAGAAUCCCAAAUGCUGGCUGACCUUCAAAUGAGGCGUAAAGUUGAACGUAGUGGUUAUUUUAUCAUCAAACGAUGCACCCUAACACUCCAUGCUGAUUCAUCACUUACUUUUGGAACAAUCAGAAAUAGAUUCUCUGAAAGAGGUCUGGUUCCGGCCACUCGUUUCACAAGUUCAUUGUGACCACGACUGUUUGCUUUAAAUUUUCAGCAUGGCAAAAAAAAAAAAAAUGCGUUGAUUAUUCCCUUUGUUAAAACUUAGAAUCAAAGGAAAUUAUUGACAGACUUUUAUUUCAGACAGCUGAAAGCAGGAAUGAAUCAAAACUUGAAUUGAUGCAUGUGGUUCACAUUGUAGACAAAAUAUUUGCGCAAACAUCACAGUGUAACAGUUUUCAAGAGGAACAAACUCUGCUGAAGGACACGGUUUUGAUUCCACGGCAAUGAACAUUCAUGUCCAAAUUCGUCUUUUUUGAAGAGAGCCGGAGACCAAAGAAAAUUGAUUUUUGGUAAUCCAAAUGUAACCCAAGACUAAGAUGUAUAUUUCUGUGCUCAGGGCUGUUCUCUGCAUUUUGUAAUAAUGCUCACAGACAUGGUGCUAAUUGACUUUGUCAGUGUCAACAGUUUUCUUUGCGUUUCAUAUUUAAGAUUUUUUUUUUGGGACAUUAAGGUUUGACCUAAGUCUCGGCUUGUGGAUAUGUUGAACUGCCUUGUUUGAUGAGGUGUCAGACGCUGCUGAAGGACGUGGUCUCCUUUUGUCUGAGAGCAGGUGGCUUCACAGGAUGCCUUCACUACGUGAUCGAUGGCAUCGCCGCAUCAGGCCAUUCAUGGUCAGCUAUUACUAUUACAAAGCUUCCAGGAGAAUCUGAUAGUUAGCGGCAGUGUAUUUUGCAUGUUGUGUAUCAACAUACAAUGUAAAAUGUGUGGCAUUAUGGCAAACUGAUCUUGUGGCUUUCUAGCCAAGAAUCAACAAGAGCUUUGUUCACCCAAGAUUUUCAGUGAGCACGAAUUCACAGAAAUAAAAGUCGUACUGAAUACAAACAUCAACAAAAUUAAUA